GAAGUGCUCCCUCGGCGCCGCUCCCGUCGGACCCCGCGCGGCGCUACGGGGCGCGGGGAGGGACACACGCGCACACGGAGCGGGCGGGCAUGGCGCGCGUGGCGCACGUCGUGGCCGACGCCGGCGCGUUUCUGAGCGGCGCGGCGCUGCAGGACGUGGCGCAGAGCGUGUACACCGUGCCCGAAGUGCUGGCCGAGAUCCGGGACCGGCGGGCGCGGCGUCGCCUGGCAGCGCUGCCUUACGAGCUGCAGCUCCGCCGCCCGCGGGCCGACUUCGUGCGGACGGUUACCGAAUUCGCCAAGCGCACCGGGGACUUCCCCAGCCUGUCGGCCGCCGACCUGCAGGUGCUGGCGCUCACCUGCCAGCUGCAGGCCGAGACCGCGGGGCCGGGCAGCGUCCGCCUGCAGCCCCCGGACAAGGUGCGGCUCAGCUCCAGCCCGCGGCAUCCCGAGGCCACGCUGCACCUCGCCGGCUUCCACCUGCCUGCCAAGCACAAGCGCCCGCGGAAGGGCCAGCAGCAGCCCAGCCUCGACAGCAGCGCGGAGCUGCCCGACAGCGCCGAGUUCGGCUCCUUUCUCUACUGGAGGCCUCCACUGCCCAGCAUCGAGGAUGAGCUCCAGGAAAUGCUGAAAACACACAGCAUCUCCACCAGCCCAGAGGCCACCGAUGAGCGCCAGAGCUCAGAGGAUGAAGAUGGUGCCGAGGAGGACGAUGAGGAGGAGAGUGACGAUGAUGAGGGCUGGAUAACGCCCAGCAACCUCAAGCAGGUCCAGCAGGACACGGGGCACUGUGACACUGUGCCCGCCAACGUGCAGGUCGGCUGUGUCACCACGGACUUUUCCAUGCAGAAUGUGCUGCUGCAGAUGGGCCUCCACGUGCUGGCAGUGAACGGCAUGCUGAUCCGCCGGGCCCGGAGCCACAUCCUGCGCUGCCAUGGCUGCUUCAGGACAACUUCAGACAUGACCAAGGUCUUCUGCCCUCACUGCGGUAACAAGACGCUGAAGAAAGUUGCAGUGAGCGUCAGUGAGGACGGGAGCCUCCACAUGCACUUCUCCCGCAACCCCAAGGUGCUGAACCCACGGGGGCUCAGGUAUCCGCUGCCAGCACCGCAGGGAGGGAAGCACGCCAACAACCCACACCUGGUGGAGGACCAGCCCUUCCCGCAGCAGCGGCUGUCCCGCAAGGCCAGGCAGAAGACCAAUGUCUUCGACCCUGAUUACAUCGCAGGGGUCUCUCCCUUUGCAGAAAAUGAUAUUUACAGUCGCGCGGCCAACCUGCAAAUCCGGGACAUGGCACUGGGCGCUGGUAGGAGGCGCCUGAACCCCAACGCUGUGACAAAGAAGUUUGUAAAGAGGAGAUGAAAGGCAGUUCAGGGCCUUCUGCGGUGCAGCUGUGAAGGAGAGGUGGACUGCCUGGGCACUGCAUGGCAUCUGGUGACAGCAGGAGGGUGAGGUGCCUGCAGCACCGGCACCCAGCCUUUCCUUUUGGGCUUCAUUGGGUGUCUGUGGGGCAGGCAGCAGCAGGGCCAAGGCUCUGAGUGCGUGAAGUGCUGAGCAUGACUGCCUGCCAGACCCAGCGAACGGGGAGGGUGCAGGCUACGCUCCUGGUGGGGUAUUGGCAUUCCUGUUUUAUCUCCAAGUACAGCCAAGGGCAACAUGUCGAAUGACAGCAUGGAGAAUAAACACGAAAUGCUGCACCA